AUGAGUGUAUCAACCUAUACAUGCGAUCAAGAUUUAAAGCGCAUGGGUUUAUUUGAAGCAGGAAUUAUGGAGCGAUACCAAGCGGCCCUCCCCCAGUUGCCUUUCGAAAUCGCAUUUCAAAUCGAGGGUUUAAUGAGUCGUUGUAGGCUUAGCCCUCGAGAGAUAUUGGAAAUACUAGGUGACAUUCAUGCCGCUCUAAAAGAGCUUGGCGAUUCAACGACAGCGCGUUGUGUCAAGGAAUUGGAGCAAGAACGAGAAGACAACCCGGAGGCAAACCCAAUCGCACUGUUUACUGAGAUUGUUCAGUAUUUUAGAUCUCGUGGCACUGCAAAGGCGAGAUCUGAUGAGGAAUCCGGAGUAUUUGAAUGCCACAGGGCGACCGUCACUCCGAGCUCUGUAGUUCUCACUGGGCCACUACCAGAUGAGACCAAUCGUGUCAUUCGCAAGUACAGGGCAUAUGGUCACAACUUCAUACGGGUUGACUUUACAGAAGAGGACAGACUGCACUUGCGAAAGGAGAAGAAUGUAGACCUCACUGCAAUAUUGGACGACAGAAUCGGCGAAUUUAUGAAGAAUGGUCUCUUUGUUGCUGGUAGAAAGUUCGAGCUUCUGGCCUAUAGCUCCUCGGCGUUAAAGGAGCAUGCCGUCUGGUUCAUGACACCAUUCACCACGAGCGACGGCCAGUAUAUAACGUCAGAAUCAAUACGGCGAUCUCUUGGAGAUUUCUCCAAAGUCAUUUACUGCCCAGCUCGAUACGGAGCCCGGCUCUCACAAGCGUUUUCCUCCACCGAACCAUCCAUCACCGUCCGAGUGGACGAGAUACGCUUUAUCCCAGACAAGGAGUCCGAUUAUGGAUCACUUUACACGGAUGGAGUAGGUACAAUCAGCCCGCAAGCUGCCAAAGAGAUCUGGCACAAGUACACCGAAUCACGUUCCAAGAGAAAUCGACGUCGGCUCAAGAGACCUAGUGCAUUUCAGAUUCGACUGGGCGGACUCAAGGGUAUGCUUUGCGUGGAUAAUAGACUCCGAGGCCGAGUAAUCUGCGUCCGGGAAUCGAUGAACAAGUUUCAUUCGGAUGACCGCGAAGUGGAAAUUGCUCGUGUAUUUGAUCGACCAAUGGCAAUGUUCUUGAAUCGGCCUUUGAUUAUGCUUUUGGAGACGCUAAAGGUUCCGCUAGAGCCAUUCAUGGCACUCCAGACCAAGGCUGUCGAGGAAACGCGUGACGCAAUGAAAUCGUUUGACGCAGCAGCUCGUAUCCUUGAGCGAUACGGUCUUGGGACCGCAUUCAGACUGACUUCUGUAUUCUUACAGUUGCAUAAACUUGGCGUAUCCCUUGCACUCAAGGACCGAAGUCAGGGCUUGUUGCCGUUCCUGGGGAGGAUGCUCCAAUUCGUGGAAAACCAUAUACUUCGUGACCUCAAAUACAAAGCGAGGAUUCCAGUCCCAAAUGCUUGGACGCUCGUAGGAGUGAGUGACGAGUAUGACUACCUAGGAGAGAAUGAGAUAUACGCUCGAGUGCGUACAAUUGACGGUGAAGAACAAUAUCUCGAAGGACCCGUUAUGAUAUCACGCUCGCCCACUGUGCACCCAGGUGACGCUAGAAUGGUGUGGGCAAUAGGCAAGCCUUCAAGAGGUGCACCUCCCGGUCUCGAAGAGUUGACAAACUGUGUCGUGUUCCCGUGUAAAGGGCAUCCUUCAUUGCCCCAGUGUUUGGCGGGAGGAGACCUGGACGGAGAUUUAUAUUGCCUUGUGCUCGACCCUCAGCUGCACUUUAGGUGGCAGUUCCAGCAUGGAGAUUAUGAUCCUCCUCAACUCGUAACACUUGAUCGCCCAUCGACAAUCAAGGACGUUGCACAAUUUGUGGUCAACUACAUCAAGAACGAUCUCCUCGGCAUAAUUUCGAUGCAAUGUAUGCUGAUUGCCGAUGUCCGGAAGGACUGCCUGGCCGAUCCAGACUGUGUCAAGCUAGCUAAACUGCACUCAAUUGCCGUCGACUAUCCAAAGACAGGAAGACAUGUCGAAUCCAGCGAGAUUCCGUGGCUAGAUUCCAGAAGGCGACCUGAUUGGUACGCUAACGAAUUGCACAACAACAACCCCGAUCUGUAUCAAAGCCAACGGCAUAUAGGUCAUUUGUUCCGCGCGAUAGAACUUCCAGCGCUUCCUGAAGCAGCGAAAUUGGCCCGCCGUCAGCGUCGACGUAUCCAAAGAGAUGAGGAUGAGGAGCUCAACAGAGAUGCUGUACUCCGAGCCCUUUCUGACGACAGAGCGGUUAUCAGUCGUUAUCUUCGGCCAAAAAUCAAUACAUACAUCGACCUGGAGGAGUUUGUACAAGGCCAGCCAACCAAUGUCAUCGACGAGCUACUCGACGUCUUUGACACGUACUGGUCUAAUCUACAAUAUAUAGCAAAGACCAACAGCUUAUCCAAUUCAACCGCCUUGUCGGAAGAGGAAGUUGUGGCAGGAUCAAUCGUAGCAAAGUGUUCACAACCGAGGAGACGCCAGGACGUGAUUGCCGACAUGAGACGGUCGUCCACCUCGCUUUGCGAUCAAGUACGAAACAGUAUCGAAGGUCCCGAGGACACCUCUGGGGAGGACAAACUCCGGAGGGCAUGGGUGGCCUGGAAGAUAUCCGAGAAGUAUCACCAAGCGUACGCAGCGAUGAGCUUUGGUAUUUUGGCUUUGGAUACUGCAUUUAGUGCGAUGCGUCAACUAGAUGAUUACGAGUAG